AUGAUCCAGGAAUGUUACAAGGACGUGACAGCGAGAGAUAGAAGCACAGUGGGCAUGACAGAGCACUUCGAAGUAAAGGUCGGCUUACACCAGGGACCGGCACUUAGCUCACUGCUGUUCAAUACAGUGUUUGAUGUCAUCACGGAAAAUGUAAGAGAAGAAACACCAUGGUGCGUAUUGCAAGCUGUUGAUAUUGUACUAGUGGCAGAAAGUAGAAGAGUGCUAAAAAGGAAACUAGAAGAAUGGAGGUUUGUUUUAGAGAGCAGAGGGAAGAGAAUAAGCAGGUCCAAGACAGAAUAUUUCACCACAGAUGUAGAUGGCGACCAACUAGCCACAAUAAAGAGAGUCCCAAUUAGACUCAAAGGUAAGGUACAUAAGGCCGUAGUCAGACCAGCCUUAACUUACGGCCUAGAAACAGUACCACUGGAGAAGUUAGAAGAAAAGAAAGGUACAGUGGAAGUAUUGGAAAUUUCUAAGAAGAUUCAGGAAGCAAAACUAGGAUGGUUCAGCCAUUUAAGGAGAAGAGCUGGGGAAGAUCACGUGGGAAGAGAAGUCAUGGAAACGGAAGUACAGGGAAAUAGAAGAAGAGGAACAGCUAGAACAAGAUGA